GGUGCGCGUCCGUAUUUUGCGGGCAACUGACUCUCUCAGCUGCUGUAAUUGCUGCUGCGGGAGAAAUUGGAGCUGCUGUCGUCGGCGCGCCCGCCCUCCCCCACAGAGAGCCACCGCCUCUUCUCUCGCUCUCCCUGCACACCUAUCGCCGGGAGCGGCGACUGCAACAGUCCGUGGACCUACCGCCGCCUUCUCAGGCUGCCGCUCGGCCGAUCAUUCCCGCAGCCCGGCAGCUGACGACGGCCCCUGCCCCUCGUCGGCUCCUCACUCUAGAUCGUCUCCCCGGUCCCUGUCCUCGCCCAGGACCCACCACCCCACGGUCUCGCCGGAGCGGAGGACGACGAGGAGGAGACGAAAGUCACCCUCCCUCCAGGCGGCGCCGGCCCCCUCACCCGCGGGUGUGUCCUAUAAAUGGCGUCGGAAAGCGACACCGAGGAAUUCUUUGAUGCCUCUGAAGAUGUGCACCUGGGGGGCGGCUACCCUGUGGGGUCUCCAGGAAAGGUUGGGAUUUCAACAUUAAAGGAAACUGAGAACACUGCACACCAAGUUGGAAAUGAGUCUCCUGUGCAAGAAUUCAAGCAAGAUGUGUCUAAAAAGGGUGAAGUGAUGGAGUUCGUAUCACAGAAGAUGAGAAGGGAAGAUAAGAGGAUUAUUGAAAGUAUUAUAGAGGAGAGUCAGAAAGUACUACACCUGGAAGAUGACUCCUCAGAUUCCAAAGGAAAAGGACACUCUGACCAGGCUACUGCCAGUUCUAUCGUGGCUGGAACAGAUCUUAGCAAUAUACCUGGACUAUUAGCCAUAGAUCAAGUACUACAGGAAGAUUCCAAAAAGGCAGAGAGUCAGAAAGCAACUGAAGAAACUGAAUUAAAAUCAAAAAGACGUUUUCCUUCUGAUGACACCUAUGAGAAGUCAGUAGAUGAAAUCACUAAGUUAACUGAAGUAAGUUCAACUGAGCAACAUCAUGUGCCUGAAACGGAAACAGAAGUAUUGAACAAGGAAGCCAUGGAAGUCAAAGGAAGUGAGGUUCUAGAACCUGUGUCCUCAGACUCUUCAUCUGCUAAAGAUUUUGCUGCCAUGGAAGAAGUGGCUCCCGCCAAACCCCCUAGACAGCUCACUCCAGAGCCUGACAUUGUGGCUAGCACAAAGAAGCCUGUUCCAGCGCGCCCUCCCCCUCCAGCUAACUUCCCGCCUCCAAGACCCCCACCUCCGUCUCGGCCUGCUCCACCACCAAGAAAAAAGAAAAGUGAAUUGGAGUUUGAGGCCCUUAAAACACCUGAUCUAGAUGUUCCCAAAGAGAAUAUUACAUCUGAUACUCUCCUAAGUUCGAACAUGGCUUCAGAGAAUACAGUCAAGGAUUCCCAGCCCUCUCUUGACUUGGCAAGUGCUACCAGUGGAGAUAAAGUGGUUACUGCCCAGGAAAAUGGAAAAGCACCUGAUGGGCAGACCAUAGCAGGGGAAGUGAUGGGCCCUCAGAGACCUAGGUCCAACUCCGGGAGAGAGCUUACUGAUGAGGAAAUUUUAGCCAGUGUCAUGAUUAAGAACCUGGAUACUGGAGAAGAAAUACCUUUGAGUCUCGCGGAAGAGAAACUGCCAACAGGUAUUAAUCCUCUCACUCUACACAUCAUGAGAAGGACUAAGGAAUAUGUAAGUAAUGACGCGGCACAGUCAGAUGAUGAAGAGAAGUUACAGUCUCAGACGACAGAUACUGAUGGUGGAAGGUUAAAACAGAAAACGACUCAACUAAAGAAGUUCUUAGGAAAAUCAGUAAAGAGAGCAAAGCACCUUGCAGAGGAAUAUGGUGAACGUGCUGUGAAUAAAGUUAAAAGUGUUAGAGACGAAGUGUUUCAUACUGAUCAAGAUGAUCCUUCAUCAAGUGAUGAUGAGGGAAUGCCGUAUACAAGACCAGUCAAAUUCAAAGCAGCGCAUGGUUUCAAAGGACCUUAUGAUUUUGAUCAGAUCAAAGUGGUGCAAGAUCUUAGUGGUGAGCAUAUGGGAGCUGUUUGGACCAUGAAAUUUUCUCACUGUGGCCGAUUACUUGCCUCAGCUGGACAAGACAAUGUAGUGAGAAUAUGGGCUUUAAAAAAUGCUUUUGACUAUUUCAACAAUAUGCGAAUGAAAUAUAAUACCGAAGGACGUGUAUCCCCGUCACCUUCUCAGGAAAGUCUGAAUUCAUCAAAGUCUGAUACAGAUACAGGGGUGUGCAGUGGAGCUGACGAAGACCCUGACGAUAAAAACGCACCGUUUCGGCAGCGGCCAUUUUGCAAAUAUAAAGGACAUACCGCCGAUCUCCUUGAUCUUUCGUGGUCUAAAAACUACUUCCUGCUUUCUUCUUCGAUGGAUAAAACAGUCAGGUUAUGGCACAUUUCCAGAAGAGAAUGCCUUUGCUGUUUCCAACAUAUAGAUUUUGUCACUGCCAUAGCUUUCCAUCCAAGAGAUGACAGGUAUUUUCUAAGUGGGUCAUUGGAUGGAAAGCUCCGCCUUUGGAACAUACCUGACAAAAAAGUCGCUUUGUGGAAUGAAGUAGAUGGUCAAACAAAAUUGAUCACAGCUGCAAAUUUCUGUCAGAAUGGCAAAUACGCAGUGAUUGGGACAUAUGAUGGCAGAUGUAUUUUCUAUGAUACAGAGCAUUUGAAAUACCACACACAAAUACAUGUCCGGUCUACCAGAGGACGCAACAAAGUUGGAAGAAAAAUUACUGGUAUUGAACCUCUACCUGGAGAAAAUAAGAUACUGGUAACCUCAAAUGACUCCAGAAUCAGACUAUAUGAUCUUAGAGAUUUGUCACUGUCCAUGAAGUAUAAGGGUUAUGUCAACAGUAGCAGCCAGAUCAAAGCAAGUUUCAGCCAUGAUUUUAGUUACCUCGUCAGUGGCUCAGAAGAUAAGUAUGUUUAUAUCUGGAGUACUUACCAUGACCUCAGCAAGUUUACUUCAGUCAGGAGAGACCGGAAUGAUUUUUGGGAAGGUAUUAAGGCACAUAAUGCAGUUGUUACAUCAGCCAUCUUUGCUCCAAACCCAAGUUUGAUGUUGUCUUUGGAUAUGCAAUCCGAAAAAGCAGAAGGGAAUGAAAAAAGUGAAGAUGCUGAAGUUUUAGAUACCGUGCCCUCUGCAAAGAUGAACUUCAGUCUAGCACUUCCUUCAGUUACAAGAUUUAGAAAUAUACCAAGUAUCAUGAAGACAGAUAAUACAGAAGUUCUUCUUUCUGCUGACUUCACUGGAGCAAUCAAAGUGUUUAUUAACAAAAGGAAAAAUGCACCUUAAUUUGAAAUGACAUUUAAAAUAAACAUAUCAGUAAGUUUCUGUAUGUAUCAGAACUGAAAAAAGUAGAUUAUAGUGUUUCAGGCUAACAUCCUUUUUUUUGUUGUUUAAUUUUUAUUGGAAGUUGUUCAAAUAUAAUAUAUUUUUUGAGCGGCAGUGUUAAUGACCUAUAAACCCUGGACUGAUAGACUAGACAGAAAUGUGGCUAGAAUAACAUUGCCAAACAUUAGGCUUUAUGUUUUGUUAUAUUUGUGUUUUUGUUACAUAAUUGUGAACAUGCACAGGUUUCUGCAUGAAAAUAUAUUAAUAUAUUAAUCACAUGUGUGUGCCUUUUGGUUACAUGCACUAAAUCUAACAGAGUUAAAUUAUUUCAUUGGCCCUUUUGGCCUCUUACGGUGGGGGGGGGGGGGGUCUUGUUUCUAGCUUAUAAAGUUUCUUUUGCACAAAACUUCAUUUUUCAGAAAAGUGGUAUUGACUGAGUUACUGUUUUGAAAAUGUUAUACAGGUUUUCAAUAGGUCAACAACUAUGUGUAAAUGGUUUUUAUAAAUUUCUCAAUUUGGGGACAAGAUUUUUUUUGUGUGUGGUCUAAAUUGUGAACUUAAGAUUCUUUUCUUUGUAUGUAUAUAUAUAAUUUUUCUUCUUUUCU